AUGAACCCUUCAGAGGGUGUUGAUUUGCAGCAUCAACACAUAAAAACAGCGCGCAAAGAACGCAAGCGUGCAAAGCAGCAGUUAAGCAAAGCAACAUACGAUACGCCAGAGUACUGGAAAAUAUCCCAGGUAAUCCUUGGCUUAGAGGAUACUAUCAAAGACCUAAUAUGGCAGCGUCGGAGUGAAACCCUUUCUUCCGAACCCCACAUUUUUGAACAGGAAAAGAGAGAGUACCUGCGACAAAAGGAGGAGAGAGAAGAGCGACGGCAAUCAGCCAUUAGGAGAGAAGAAAGGUACAAGGAACGAUCGAAGGUGCUGAGUCUUUCCAAUAACAGAGCUACUCUGCGAGCAGCUUAUGUCGACCUUUUCCUUAGCGUCCGGGGGAAAACCUCUAGAGAUAACCAGAACGACUUCAUUGAAUCCAUCAAGGCAGCUUACGGAUCGAAACAGCUAGGAAACCAGACCACUUACUGCAAUGUCUUGACGGGAAGCUGGCAUGUGAGACAAUAUUUCGUUGCGGCCCACAUAUUCCCACUGUCUUACGGCCAACAAGCAAUGGACAACAUCUUUGGGAAGGACACCCACGAGGAAAUCAAUACUGCUAGGAACGGCCUUUUUCUUCCUUCUGAAUUUGAACCAGCUUUUGACGCGUAUCAAGUUGUCAUUGUGCCCCAUGGCCCUGUCACGAGCCAGCCGCGGGAAUGGCAGGUUAUUCUUCUUGACCACUCUGGUUUGAAAGAAGUUCCUGUUUGCGGUAUGACAUUUGGGCAGCUCCAUAAGAUGAAACUGAUAUUCCCCACCGAGUCUCGACCUCGAGCCAAGUACCUCUAUUUUCACUUUAUACUGGGGAUAUUGUCUUACUACUGCCCCCAGAAAUUUAUGGGCGGUGUCGAUACAGAAUUACUAGACCAGCUAACCAUUGCAUGGGGUAGUAAAGGCAACUAUAUAGUGGAUGAUGUUAUCCACGGACUCCUUGAGAGAGUUGGCCAUCAUAUCCCCAUGAACCUUCAACAAAAUAUGCUGAACCAUGGAUUUCGAGCAUUCUCUGAAACGGAAGCUGAUGAUAUUCGUAACGCCGCCCAGGGAAUGGACUUGAGAAGCGAUACAGGGGAAACCGACAGCGAUGGUAGUGAUAGUGAUGACGACUUUUUUGACAUUGAUGGUUGGGCGAUUGACAAUUCUUUCAUGAGCGAUGAUUCAGGUGAGGAAUAA